GAAACCGGAAGCCACACGCGCCGUGUGGAGGGUGUUCGUACCACUGUGGAGUUGUUAUGGGCCGGAGGAGAGCGCAGGGUAGCGGGUCUCUGGGCCGGGUACUUAUCCGGCAUCAGACUCAGCGAAACCGCAGCCACCGUCAUACUGACUCCUGGCUGCACACGAGUGAACUCAACGAUGGCUAUGACUGGGGGCGGCUCAAUCUCCAGUCGGUGACGGAACAGAGCUCCCUCGACGACUUCCUCGCCACUGCAGAGCUCGCAGGGACUGAGUUUGUGGCUGAGAAGCUUAAUAUCAAGUUUGUGCUCCCUGAGGCUAGAACUGGACUGCUGUCUUUUGAGGAGAGCCAGAGAAUUAAGAAACUCCAUGAAGAAAACAGACAGUUCUUGUGUAUACCGAGGAGACCAAAUUGGGACAGAAAAACUAGCCCAGAAGAACUGAAGCAGGCAGAGAGAGAUAACUUCCUAAAAUGGAGACGCCAGCUUGUCCGGCUAGAAGAGGAACAAAAGUUGAUAUUGACUCCCUUUGAACGAAAUUUGGACUUCUGGCGCCAGCUCUGGAGGGUCAUUGAGAGAAGUGAUAUUGUGGUCCAGAUAGUAGAUGCUCGAAACCCACUCCUGUUUAGAUGUGAGGAUUUGGAAUGUUACGUGAAGGAGAUAGAUACCGCUAAGGAGAAUGUUAUCCUGAUAAACAAGGCAGACUUGUUGACCGCUGAACAGCGCCUUGCCUGGGCCUCACACUUUGAAAAAGAAGGUGUGAAGGUUAUUUUCUGGUCAGCUUUGGGAGAAACCCUUCACUCUAAGGACCAAGAAAAUAGUGUUGCUGAAGAAGCCAGCAGAAUUGAGUCUGAAAAUUCCAGUUCGGAUGAGAAUGAACUUCCACGCAGAAAUUGGCUCUCACUUGGUGAGGAGUCCGCAAGUGACGAGGAUAGCAGUGAGUAUGAGGACUGUCAGGAGGAGGAGGAGGACUGGCAGACGUGCUCAGAAGACAGCAGCCCUGAGGAGGAGGAGGACGAGGAGGGCUGUGCUCAGGACUGGAAAGAACACUGUCCUGUCGAUUCUGAGACUCAGAACAGGGAAAAACCAGAAAACCAGCAAAUGAACAAUUGUAGCCAGCUGGUGUCAAAGCAGGACCUACUGGAGCUCUUUAAGAAGCUGCAUACGGGGAAGAAGGUGAAGGAUGGACAGCUAACUGUUGGGCUGGUGGGCUAUCCUAAUGUUGGGAAGAGCUCAACCAUCAACACUAUCAUGGGCAACAAGAAAGUGUCUGUGUCUGCCACGCCUGGCCACACCAAGCAUUUCCAGACUCUGUAUGUGGAGCCUGGCCUCUGCCUGUGUGACUGCCCGGGCCUGGUGAUGCCGUCCUUUGUGUCUACCAAAGCAGAGAUGAUUUGCAAUGGGAUUCUCCCAAUUGACCAGAUGAGAGAUCACGUUCCACCCGUAUCACUAGUUUGCCAGAAUAUCCCACGACGUGUUUUGGAAGCUACCUAUGGUAUUAACAUUAUAAAACCUAGAGAAGAUGAAGAUCCCUGCCGACCUCCAACCUCAGAAGAGCUGCUAACAGCUUAUGGAUGCAUGCGAGGAUUCAUGACAGCACAUGGACAACCAGACCAGCCUCGAUCUGCACGUUACAUCCUAAAGGACUACGUCAGAGGAAAGCUGCUGUACUGCCACCCUCCUCCUGGGAGAGACCCUGUGACCUUUCAGCAUCAGCACCAGCAGCUCCUGGAGAACAAAACAAAGGGUGAAGAAGUACGGCAGCAGCUGGGCAGAAACCAGAAAGCCAAACAGAUUGAAAAUGUAGUCGACAAAACCUUUUUCCAUCAGGAGAAUGUCAGAGCACUGACCAGAGGGGUCCAGGCUGUGAUGGGCUACAAACCUGGGAGUGGCCCUCUGACCGCAGCUGCUGUGAGUGCUGAGAACGUGACUGGGAAGCCCUGGAAAAAACAUGGCAACAGAAAUAAAAAAGAGAAAAGUCGUAGGCUCUACAAGCACCUGGAUAUGUGAACUGGCUCUACAGAAAUGGCGUCUGCACUGUGCAGGUGGACAAGGACCAGAGCCACUGCUGUGCAUGGGGCUCUCCAGACACUGGCGCUGUGGAUUGCACCGGAAGUCUUGACAACUGACAGCCUUUGGAAGCACCGACUGUGGCUGUAGUAGUUACCGAGGUGCCCCCAGAAGUGACCUGCAGAAGACUGAUGGAUGUGUGUGUAAACAUACAUACAAAUGCAUAUUAACUUUGAUUUUGAAGUUACUAAAAUUAAUUUUCCACCAAUUGAUAUUUUUAUUGGCUUAAAUAAGUAAGCUGCCAUUCAUACAUUUCAUGUUAUAAUUUUAAUUUGCCAAAAUAUGACUAGGGAAGGGUCUGGAGAGAUGACUCAGCAGUUACGAGUCCUGGUUGCUCUUCCUGAGGACCCAGGUUUGGUUCCUAGCACCCACAUGGCAGCUCACAGCCAUCUAUAACUCCUGUUUCAGGGGAUCCAACAACCUCUUCUGGCCUUGAUGGGUACCAGGCACACAUCCAUGGAUAUGGUUCACAGGCAGAAAGAGCUGACUGGGAAUGGAGUGGGCUUUAGAAACCUCAGAUCCCACCCCCAGUGACACACUACUCCUUUCCAAACCGUUCUACCAACGGGGGACCAAGCAUUCAAAUCUGUGAGCCUACGGAGCCCUUUUCAUUCAAACCACCACUUAGGGUCACCUCUAGGAAGCAGAGAAAGCCCUGAGUGAGUGAAUGUGUGCUGUGUAGUAGGCACAGCCAUGUCAAGGACCUCAGAGCCUUUUGCCAGCCCCUGGGCCUCACCCUGAGGGGAAAUGCAGAGGUUUCCCUUCUGGCCUGUGUGCAGAUGUUGAUGUAGAAAAUAUCCAUAGUAGCUUUCUCCCUCUGAACAGUUUAUGGUCCAAAGAUUGCUCCUCCAGAGGCUAGCUACACCUGUGUCCUUGAUCCUGCUAUAUACCCUAAACCCCGCCUCCUCGUUCAGCUCUGUAAUAACCCUGUCUCAGGAUGAGCUUCGAGGGUGCUGUGGUUUCUCCAUCAGCAAGCUCCACCCACCUGACUCCAGUUCUUUUUUUUGUUAAAGAUUUAUUUAUUUAUUAUGUAUACAACAUUCCUUCCAUGUACACCUGCACACCAGAAGGGGGCACCAGAUCUCAUUACAGAUGGU